CGUUAGGAACGCUGAAGCUGAGUGACAAAGUCUGCCCGAGCCUUUUUUUUGCCUGCGCCGACCCGGAAACUGGGUAUCCGAAGGAACACACUGAAGGCUACGCACGUCCGGAAACCGAUACCGAGUGGUUUUCCGCAGGCCGGUGGGUGGGUAGGCGAGCAGCCCCGAGUGGGUGGAACAGCCCCUCUGGCAGGUGUGCACUAUAGCAGGGAUAGCUACUGGUUCAGUCCACUUCACCUGAAAAUGUGAAGAGAACAACUGUCUAAGACAAGAAGAGUCUAAUAGGUGGUACCCACAUCUGAGGACUAGAACCAUUUUGGGGAGCCAAAGCCAGUGACUUCUCUACUUCCCUCUCCUAGCACCYACCUCACCUGACAUUUUAAGGAAGACUUGGAAACUGGGAGCACUCCAGGCAGCUUUUCCCCAAGCCAUGAAGCUUUGGGCCCGAAUGCUAUGGGCCCUCCUCUCUGGCUCUGGGGGAAGGAGGGGAGGCAUCCUGGGCUUGGCCUUCAGCUCCUGGCAGUCCCACCCACCUCUGCCUGGGCUGUUGAGUCCCACAGGGUUGGUCAGCCACUGGACAAGGGUCUUUGAGAAGAGAGGCAUUCCAGAAGCCAGAGAAUCCAGUGAAUACAUCGUGGCCCAUGUCCUCGGAGCCAAAACAUUUCAGAACCUGAAGCCAGUACUUUGGACACAGCCCCUGACUCCCCAGCAACUGCAGUGUAUCCAGGUUCUGUGUAGCCGCCGAUUGCAGAGGGUACCUGUGCAGUACAUCCUUGGGGAGUGGGACUUUCGGGGGCUUAGUCUGAAGAUGGUGCCCCCAGUGUUCAUUCCUCGGCCAGAAACAGAGGAACUUGUUGAAUGGGUACUGGAGGAGGUGGCCCAGAGGUCCAAUGUGGUAGAAGCCCAAGGUGGUCCCCUCAUUCUGGAGGUGGGCUGUGGAUCAGGAGCCAUCUCCCUCAGCCUACUGAGCCAACUCCCUCAGAGCCAAGUCAUUGCUGUGGAUAAAGAGGAAGCUGCCAUCAAUCUGACCUAUGAGAAUGCUCAGAGGCUUCGGUUGCAGAACAGGAUUCAGAUCAUCCCCUUUGAUGUGACCUCAGUGGGGAGCUGGACACACCUUUUGCCCUGGGGCCCCAUGGACCUGAUCGUCAGCAACCCUCCCUAUGUCUUCCACCACGACAUGGAGCAGCUGGCCCCAGAGAUCCGAAGUUAUGAAGACCCAGUGGCCCUGGAUGGUGGGGAAGAAGGCAUGGACAUCAUUACCCGUAUCCUGACCCUGGCACCCCAAUUCCUGAAGGACUCUGGGUACGGAUGGGACAGAAGCAUCUUUUUGGAAGUAGAACCGAGGCACCCAGAGCUCGUCAGCAACUGGCUUCAGAGUCAUCCUGACCUGUGCCUCAAUCUUGUGGCUAUACGCAGGGACUUCUGUGAGAGGCCCCGGUUCCUGCAUGUCCAGAGGUCUGGGCCAUAGUGUGUCUAUCAUUUGGAUGCUUGGCUAGGGCCCCAGCCUGACUGAAUGCCUGGCUAACCAUUUCUUCUUGGAAUGCUGCUAAGAGGGAGAUGGAUGGUGCUUUCCAGAAACCCAGGUGCUUGUAGCAUUUCCCAUUGUUCUGUGAUUCCCCAUAUUCUACGUUUCUAGAAAACUUGGAAACAAGGAUGAGGAUGUGCUUCCUGAACAGCUAAGGGCAGGGACCUCUAAUUUGGCUCAGAAGCUGGGCAGACCCUAGUUCCGAAUCUAGCUCCAUCAAAUCAGAGUGGUCAAGGGCAGGUUGCUCUGUGUUCCUGUUAGUGGAAUUGCUGUGGAGAUAUUGGGAAGUAAAGUAUUGAGACUGACAAAUGGUGA